AUGAGCGCUGCCGCGAAGCUCAAGCUCUCCCCUGCGCUGAAGCAGCUCAUCGCCCUCCCGAGCGCGAAGGGCGCUGCGCUCCCCUCGCCCCCUCCUGCGGCCUUCAAGUCCCUCUUCGACAACAUCCGGCACAAGGGCGAGCGCGGCGGCAUCGGGCGCGAGACGUGGCUCACGCUCGGCACCGCGGCGCUGUUCACGGUCAACUCGCCCGACGCCGUGUGUCAGCUCUUCAACUACGCCUCCGAGGGCAACGACACGAAGGGCAAGGUCGACGUUGCGUCCGUCAUGCGCGAGACGGGGCUCAAGUGUAUCUCCUUCAACGGCAUUCCGAGGUCGAUCAAUAACCUCAACGCCCUCCACUCGCACCUGCCCGAGGAGGUGCUCCAGAACAUCAACGAGGAGCCGCAGCGUGUCCCCGACUCGAUUCCGAAGCUGUACGAGCGCGGCCUCUCGCUUUGGGACGGCAUCUACGAGCCGCACAGCAAGAAGCUGAUCGCGAAGCUGACGGCGUCGCACCCCGAUCUCGCCGUGCAUAUCCUGAACUCGCACUACGGCCCGCUGCUCAGCGACCCCGCCCCUCAGCCGGGCAUCUACCAGCUCGGCCGUGUGCUCACGUCCGUCGUGGCCAUUGCCGCGCUGCGCGCGCAGACCGGCGUCGGACCCCAGGUCACGAGCCACGUCUACGGUCUCAAGAAGAGCAUCCUCGAGGGCGGCGGCGGUAAUGGCGAGGUUCUCCAGGGCCAGGACUGGCUCACGUCUGACGACGGCGUCAGCUGGGUCAUUGAGAGCGUGGACGACGUCGCGAAGGCUGUUCGUGGAUAG